GAUCGGUCAUUCAAGGCUGUCAGCAGACGUCCAAUCGCGGUCGAGUGCCGUUUGGCCUCCGUUGCACAAAGCGCAUCAGCCGUGUUGGAGCUGCCUUUUCAGCACUCGCUCGCAGGACCGGUCGGAACUCCGGGAAUGAUGGUGACAGGAACACGUAGUGUUAUGCGUGUGCUUGGAACUACAGGAGCCGAAAUUCCGAAAGCAUUCAUUUCGUCUGUGAACUGCAAAAGAAAUCGACGUUGCAAGAAAAAGUCGAACAAAUCAGAAGUCUCUAAUCUGCCUGAAAGACUACCGUCAGCAUUCCCCCGGUCAUCCGGAUUACCUGCGGAUGGCGCAGAUAAUUUUGGUCUCUGGAACUUGGAUCUUCCUUUGGAAAGAGAAAAGCUGGGUUCUCCUCUCUUUCGGGGCACAUAUACUCCAAAGGCCUUAUCAUUUCAUUCCGCUUUCCGUGAUCGCCUGUGUGAUCUUCUGAGACAGGAAGAAAUAAUCCAUGUGGACUCAACUCAUUUGCUAAUGGUCAACUCGGAGUUGGAUGAUAAGCUAGAUUCGACGCUUCGGAAAGAGACCCUCUCUAGGCUUUGGUGGCUUCAUAGUGCCUUCUACAACCUGUCGUCCCUAAGCUUUUGUAGGACGACCUGUCUCCUGGAUUUAUUCAUUUCGAAAGUCAAGGUUAAACCGAAAUACGCAAUGUGUGUGGCUGCCGCUUGUUACUAUAUUGCCUCAAAGUUUGAACGUAUGACGGAGGUUCUACUCCCUACUCCAGACAGCCUGGUCAUGCUGUCCAGAUGCGGUGGCACAGCAAAUGAUUUGACCAGAAUGGUAGAAAUUAUCCUCACCAAGCUGAGCCCCGCCACAGUGGCUUCAGUUGGUGCCUGCUCAGCCACUGCGCUCAAUUUUAUGGAGUGCUUCGCGCAAUUCAGCGUGGGCGAAGCCUCCUCCACACAUGAUCCCCUGGGAAACCAACGUACGUCGGAUUCUCUAUCAUACCUUCCAGACACCACCGGUCUUUCCUCCUUCCUCCGUCGGAAGCUUGAACUGGCAUUGACCUCUACGGAGGCCGCUUCGUUCCGACCUGCUUGCCUUGCCUUGGCUCUCCUGAGUAUUUACUGUCUUCCGAGCAGUGAUUCCGAUGGUUGCAUCAGCACUGUCGAAGUGGAUGAAAUUAUGCGAUUCACGGUACCAGAUCUUUUGAAUCUGGCGCAGUUGUGCGGGGUUCACUGGAGCAGUGUCGAAGCCUGUAAAGCAGCAGUCCAAGAAGUGCUGAUUGUCCAGAAAGACCCAUCCAGCUUCAAAGAUUGCCCUCCGUGCAGCCUAUUGGGCAGUUCACCACCGCUUGUCUGGACCCUAUCCAGGCGCACCCAGCGGAGCAUUUCGACCUCUUCCCCACCGGCCUUGUCAACGGUUUUCGAAUGCGAGGAAGAGGUGGUUCAGCUGCAAGCCGAGCUAACCGGUUUGAGUUUUCGGCAGCAUCGCUGCUUCCAUAAAUAUGGACAUGCUGGUCGCCUGGGGGAAACACUUUACUGCCUUCACACUCCUGUCGCAGAGGACAGUACGACUUUACUCCCAGACCGCCUCGUAGCACGAUUACUCGUAGUACGGGGUCUCGCAGCUCUUGGUUUGGCUGCUCCCCUUUGGCCUUCCUGGCAUGGUUGCAUCUUGUGGAACGAAGUUCCAGACAGUGUAGCCCGCGGGAUCAUUGCAGCACUGAAGCCCGACCACCACGUCAAGGUGAAAGCUUUAGGUCGUUCACUUGUUCGGUCGUUUACUUGGUUUGGUUGUUCACUUGUUGGUUCUGUGCAGCCAAUGGCGGUUUUCCUGUCGUGGACGAUUUCACCCCCACUCCGUUGGUCGCAUGCUGUUAAGCCCGGUUUGGUGAGCACCACCAACACGCCUGCCAUCCGGAACCAGUGGGACCUAUGGUGA